UACCGUCUAUGAGAAAAAUAGAACAUAACCAAAGUAUAAAGUAUACUGGCAUAUGCUGUGAUAUAACCUCAUAUUUCCGAAGUGUUAUUUUCGAUUAAUUUAAAGUAACCUGAUAGGAAUUGAAGUUUUAUUGGAAAUUAUACUGGAUACUAUUUAUCAACUAUAAUGAUUUCGCAAAGGCUAUGUACCAUGUUGAACACCAGUAUUUCUUUCAUGCAGGUGAGGUGUAUAAAAACUACCACUGUAUUACCUCUCAUUCAAAAAUGGAGAAAAGAGCGAGGACUUCCGAUGAAUCCACAAAGCCAUAAUGAGUUGGUGAAUAGACCUGAUUAUUCAUUUAAGGAUGGACGAAUAACACCCUAUGGUGUGAGGCAAAAAAAGAGGAUGGAGCACCAACGUGAAUUGCGGGACCAAAUAAUAUCACUUUCUGGAGAAAUAGAUUUUGCUGUAGAACGACAUGCCAAGUUACAAGCGGAAGAAGAGAAUCGGAAGAAGCGAAUUAUAGAUGCCAAAUUGAAACCUAAGGGUUCGAAGUUAUUAAAAUCAAAAUAAGUGAAUGCAUCAAAUGGUUCAAUUGUAGAUAUUAAAAUGAGUCCAUUACAUAUUGAUUGAGUGGCAUAGGCAAUAUACAAUUGGUUCAUACAGUUAUUUUGCUUGUGGGAUUGACAGAAUGCUCAGUCUAUGCAUAUGAACUGUAAGUCCCAGAGGGAGUUCAUUGUGAAACCAAGCUUCGACAUUGACCACCGAAUGAGACAAAACUUUCUGUAUCUAUAGCUUUCAUUGCGAAACAACUAGAUGAAACUAAAGUUCAAAAUAAUGUACCCAUGACACAAAACUGCUUCAGUUUGUUAUAUAGGACUCAUCUGUAUUGCAGUGUUUCAGAGGCGAUGACAAUGCAGGGAGAGACAGAGGAGGAAUCUCAAUCGGUGGUCAAUAUUGAAGCUUGACUUUCCAAUGCCUCAUUUAUUAUAUUCAUGAAUUGAGUCUUUUAUCGAUUGCAUGGUUCGUGUGAGUCCAACGAUGCAUUCGUGGUUCAGCUUAGCACCAAUGAUGACACCAAUGCAAAAAUGUUGCCAGAUGUUGAAUGACGAAUAACUUGUUUUUGUGCUUUGUCAUCAAUUACUGUUGUCUGAUAUACAUAUUUGCCAUAUAUUCUAUGAUGUGACUUGAAGAACAGGACAUUUCUCAAUAGAUUUGAAUUCUAGGUAUACUUUAGCACUCUAUAUAGUUUGUUCCACUCAUUCCAUCUUAUCUAUCAGUUUCUCAUGUCCACUGUCUACUUCCAAUUAUAUUAUUAUUGUUAUGACUCUGAGCUCGACUGUAUUUUUAUAUUUUCCACUUCAAUAUCAUUUUUAACAGGAUAAUUUGCUUCUAUUGCAUGGUAACUACUGUAAUAGUGUAUUCAGUUUCUAUGUUGUCCCUCGCUAAAGUAUAACAUAAUACUAUCACUAUUAUCAACUUGAGCAUGUUGAAAAAAAAUAAGACUAUCUGUUUUGAAUAGUGCAAAUUAUAACUCAGUAUUACAGUU